GUCUGUGUAGGCGAAUAGACUACAGCCAAUCAUUUCAGAGUUAGGAGUCCAGUAAGGAACGAGAUCUGGUCUCACAUUUCCUUCUCUCCGGACCUGGGACAUACAUGUCUUUGUUAUGAAGCUGGGAGUGAGGCUAUGUGUGCUGGUGAUCUCUCUCCAGCUUUGGGCUCUAGGACAGAGACAGGAGCUUGAGCCAGAGCAGGUCCUUGUGUUCUGUGAUGACAAAGACGUGGAGGCAGCUGUGGACUUGGCCCUUGUCAAGUACAAUGAGAAGCUUCCUUAUGGAAAUCAACUAGCACUCUACCAGAUUCUGGAGGCCUCAACGGCUCAGAGUGACUCGGGCACUCAGUACUUUGUGGAAUUCAAUGGCAGGGUCACUGACUGUCCAGCAGGGGGAAACAAAGUCUGGAGAGACUGUGACUACCUCUCAACUGGGAACCAGGUGCCAACCCCUUGUAAUGCAACAGUCCACAUGUCAGAGACGGAUAAAGAGGUCCUGGCAGUUUUCUGUGACCCAGUUGUGGAGGCCCCUGUUGUUGCUGAACGCUCCACAUGUCUGGGGUGUCCGAGGGAGAUUGAUGUGGACAGUGAGGAUCUAAAGGCUCCUGUGACAUACUCCAUCACCAGGUUCAAUGCGGAUUCUGACUCCAGCCAUCACUUCGUCCUGAACAGUGUUGGUUUUGCUACGAGACAGGUGGUUGCUGGAUUCAGGUAUAGACUGAUGUUCGAUAUGAGGAAAAGCAAUUGCUCCAAAGCGGACCACAAAGAGCUGAACGAUGAAUGUCAUCCAGAUGCUGAAGAUGUGGAACUUGCUCACUGCAAUUCUACAGUAGAUGUGGCACCUUGGAGACAUGAGACUGCAGAAGCAAAUGUGGAAUGUGCACCAGGUCCCCUUCAGAAUUUUGAAGUCUUUAGAAGAAGGCCUCCUGGAUGGUCUCCCUUGAGGAACUUCAACAAUUUUGCCGAAGCAACUCCAGCCUCAACUGCUUCAGCCAAAGAGGAGUCUUUAGAAGACUCUCAGGAGCUCAGCCUGACUGCUGUCACCACAGCUAGCAGAGACCCAGAGCCAGCCAUGCCCCCCACCACUACUGCAGAGAGCCCUUUCCACUGCCCCUCCAAGCCCUGGACGCAUUUAGUCCCUCUAACAAUCCCCAGCCCUGCACAGGAGAAAAGCACAACACCCCCGACAGUGGUAGAGGGGUGCUUUAGUGAUUUAGACUUGCUGGGGAAAAAAUAAGUGAAUGCUGUAUAAUGCAUUUGUAUCAUAAGCACACCUGCUGAUUUGAAAUAAAAAUAAUCAUUUAAUUCUC